CCGAAAAGUAACUGGUCAGUAAAAUUCAGUAUAAAGAGUCAGCAGAAGUGAUCUCAUACUGAGCCAAGAUGAAAGCUUUUUGUGCUGCUGUUCUCGUGCUGAAUUUCAUCUCUGUGUGCCAACCUGCAUCAGUGGCCUGUAAAAGCUACCUAAAGAAAGCAAAAAAUGUUCAAGAUUUGACUGGGAAAUGGUACGCUAUAGCCAUGUCUUCAAACAGCUGCUGGAAUAUUGGUCCCCCACUUCUAAGUAGUGAUAUGGACAUUACAGCAGUGGAAAAAGCAAACACCUUCGAGGCCACCAUUACAAUGAAAAUGUAUGGACAGUGUAAAAAUCAAACUACACAAUUUCACUAUGGGAACAGCACCAUAUCUGUGGUUAACAGCACAGAUGGCGAAGAUGAUGACAUAUUUGUGUUUCUUGAAAAGACGUGCCGUGAUUGCGUCGUUAUAAAGUCGGAUGACUUCGCUGACAUUCUUGUGCUUUUAAGUAGGAGAACGUCCAUCACUGCUGAUGAGAUGGAAGCAUUUGAGAGACAAACAAAGUGUCAUAACUUGUACAAACCACAGGUCUUUGAUUCCGAUCAUGACUACGAGAACUGUCCAACCUUUGAAGAUGAGAAGCCUAAACUUACUAAUUCAGAAAUGCUCCGCAUACAUCAAGGAUGGCGAAACAUGUUCUCACAGCUCUUCACAUGUGUACAAGACAGAGUUUUGUAUUACCCUCGUGCUGCCUUCCAGUGGAUGCAGUCAACAUGGAGUAAUUUGUGGUGAAUGUAGAGAAACACACUACAAUAAAUAUAUGCUUAUUUCAAUCAUGUGUACUUGAAACAGUGCUGUCUUUAGUUUAAAGAUUUGAAGAGAGUGUAGAAUGAAUAAUAAAUACUACAGUUUA